AUGCCUGCAGCAAUGAGCAUCGCCGACUCUGAUGUUUCGACCCCGCCUCCAAGAAAACGACUACGGAAGGACUCGACAGCGGCCCUGGGUGGAAUAAACAAGGAGCCGAGACUGUUCGUGCCCUUCAGAGCACUAGGCCUAAUCACCAAUCAUGUUCCUUUCGUCCUUCAAACCCGAUCUUUCAAGGGCGCUUCAGAAGGGCCGCGGAUACACAUCCUUACUUGCUUGGGAAGGUCAUGGGCAUUGUGGGAGGGAGGAAAAAUGUCGUUGCUUUUCACGGGUCCUGAUGCGCCUGAACUGAUCUCGGGCAUGGCAAUGGACGGAAACGAUGUCUGGGUCACCUCUGGCCCUUAUCUUAUCAAGUAUUUAAGAGGGAAAGAGAAACUCCGUAUUGAAAAUCCUCUUGGAACACCUCUCGCCUACAUCACCGUCCUUGGGUCGCAAAUCCUCGCUCUAACAGAAGACGGCUCUCGAAUGCUCAUCUGGGAAACCUCCACUGCAAGCACUUCUGGCCGCGACUAUCGAAUUCGAGAAGGGCUUUACUGCAACCUCGAUUCUUCACCCAGCAACUUACCUCAACAAGGUUUUGGUUUCCAGCAAUCAAGGAGAUAUGGAGCUCUGGAACAUCCAGUCUCGGACGCGCAUCUACAAAUUCGCUUCCUCAGAACUCCUUUCCACACCCACCACACCUCUCCGGCUAUCGAUGUGGUGGGACUCGGUUUUGCCUCCGGGGAGAUAUCCGUAUUCGACGUUCGCGCCGUUGAGCGGCUAAUGAGAAUGUAUAUGGAAGGAGGGAGUGUCCGGGCUCUAAGCUUUAGAAGUGAUGGACAGCCAAUCCUUGCAUCUGCUUCUUCAGCUGGCCACAUUGCUCUCUGGGACCUCAACGCUGGAGGACGCCUCCUUCACCUGGUUCGCGGCGCACAUGAUGGUGCCGUGUCCUCGCUAGAAUGGGUACCAGGACAACCUCUCCUUAUAUCCUCUGGAGAAGACAAUAGUGUGAAACAAUGGCUGUUCGAUUCUCCAACCUCCCCUCCUCGACUGCUCAAAUUCCGCUCUGGACACCAUGCACCACCGCAUCUGAUCAGAUACUACGGCGACGACGGAAAACAACUUUUGACCGCAUCAAGAGAUAGAAGCUCGUUAGCAAAGAAGGCUACUUCGCUUUCUAUCCCUCUCGCUUCUCUCAAAUUCCCACCAGUCACGUCAAUGUCAUACUCUUCCGCGAGGGCUAAGGACUGGGACGAUAUCUUAACGGGUCAUACAGACGAAACCUUCGCUCGGACAUGGACCAUGCAAUCGAAACGACUUGGGAAACAUACGUUUGGUUUUGCGGAGGAUACCAAAGGCAAGGGUAAACCGCGAGCAACAUUGGGCUCUGUCAAGAGCACAUGUGUCACGGCAUGCGGCAAUUUUGGCAUUGCUGCCUCCUCGACAGGCCAAAUCCAUAUGUGGAAUAUGCAGUCAGGGAUUCGAAGGAGAACAUUCCAAUUGGGACCCUGUCCCCCGGAAGUUGCCAACCGGAUCCAUGGUACUAACUCUGAGAAGCAGAAGGAGAGGGCAGUCACCGGGUUGGCGACCGAUCCGUUGAAUACCACCUUGGUGGCAUGCACCAUGGAUGGCACUGUCAACUUCUUCGACUUCAAAUCCGCAAACCUUGAACACACUGUGGUGCUGCCCUCCACCGCAGUCUCCCUGACCUUGCAACGUGACAGCGGCCUACUCGCUGUGGUGUGCGACGAUAUGGUCGUGCGGAUUAUCGACAUUGAGACCAGAAAGAUCGUUCGUGAACUGGGUGGUUUCAGAGGUCGAAUUCUUGACAUCACAUUCUCUCCGGACUCUCGAUGGCUUGUAGCCACAUCCUUGGAUUCCAUUAUCCGAACCUUCGAUAUACCAACAGGCCGAUUGAUAGACGCCUUCAAGACAUCGAGUGUAGCCACGACACUCUCUUUCUCUCCUACCAACGACUUCCUAGCAACAGCUCACGUCGAUAGCUUGGGUGUCUAUCUAUGGGCAAACCGCGCACAGUACACCGAAGUAGCCUUCCAUGGUAUUGUGGAGGACGAGGUGGCCGAAGUUUCGCUGCCAUCCGUACAGGGAACAUCGGAGGAGGAAGCUUUGAAUGCAUUGGCAGAACUCACUGUCCAAGACAAAGACGUCGACGUUUUCUCAACACCGGAUCAAUUGGACGGGGAGCUCAUCACACUGACAUUGCUCCCUCGAUCCCGAUGGCAAACCCUGCUUAACCUCGAAGUGAUACAGCAGCGCAACAAGCCAAAGGAACCUCCCAAGGCUCCGGAGAAGGCGCCAUUUUUCCUACCGACGUUGCCCGGAGUUGAACCGCGCUUCGCUGUUGAGAAGAAGGAAGCAGAACCCAAGAAGUCACAGCGACUAGUGAAGGCUGCUCUUGACGCCUCCACUGUGUUUUACCAAAAGCUCCAGGAGCAAGCUGAAGACAGCGAUUACGAAGAGUUCUUCAACUACGCCAAAACACUAUCCCCUGCUGCUCUCGAUCUGGAGAUCCGCCAGUUGGUGACGAUCGAAAGUCUCGCGCAGUUCAUGCAUGCUUUGGCCCAGAGACUGAGAAGUCAUAGGGACUUUGAAGCUGUGGAGACAUUCAUGAAUGUCUUCCUUCGCAUGCACGGAGAAGUUUUGAUUGCCAACGAGGAACUCCAGAAACCGAUGGAGACGCUGAAGGAGGUUCAUCAGAGCGAAAGCAAGAGGGUGUUGGAGUUGAUUGCCUCGUCAUUGGGUACAUUGGGUUUCGUUCGGGAUGCUUUGUAGUUGUAAAAAGGUUUAUUGGUAUUCGAUCACCUUU